AUGGCUCCCACAUCUCAUAGUCAGAACAUUUUCUCCGUCGACAAGACUACCGAGGAUAAAGCGGAAGAUAUUCUGGGAGCAGUCUUCGAAGGCCUCUCCACCAUGUCUACGAGCGCCCCAGAUCACGGGAAUGCCUCCCCAAUUCUCGGCGAUCAGCUGGAGACACCAGUCGAGGCCGCUCCCAACUGGACUCCUGCAUUUGCAGCGUGGGUCGAGCGAGUCUCUGAGAACAAGAAGCGAAGAACAGAUUCCACAUCCAGCUGGAGUAGUCUCAGUGUCACCGCUCCAAAGCGUCGACGGCUCUUUGGCUUGGGCAAUGAAAUGAAGCUGGCGGGCAGUGUGAAAAAUCCCAUACUACUUCCACUGUUUGACGACACACCUUUUCUCGAGGCGCUCCCAACCUCUUCUUUAUCUCCCGAGCCAGCGAAGCAGAAGGAGAUUCGCAGAAAGAAGGAGAAAGUUCCGAAAUUCGAAUAUGAAGGCAUUCAUUCGCUUCUGGAUUGCGAAGGAUGCCCUGCGCCCUUUCCGCAUCAAGUGCAAGAACUUGUGGAGAGGCAACUGAAGCAGCACAGAAAUACGGGGAUCAGUGCGAAGGCUUUCGAUGAGAGCUUUGCGAUGAGCAUGGUCAAUGACGGCAGAGGAAAGAUCGGAGCGCGCAUGUUCUCGAGCACCGGAGCAAACAAUCGAAUGGUGGCCGCGACAAGCGUGCCAGAGGCCGCUGAAGCCUUCUUGGUAAAACUCUCGAAUACAGAGCUAGUCUUCGGCACUGACAGGGUGCUGGAAGUCAUUUUGCUGAAACUGGGAGAAGUCGAGACUCGUGGAACGRUUUUGAGGGCUCGGGGAGUGAAUAAGGCGUUUGAGCGUGUGAUUCGCCGGUCGACAAAGGUGCGGAAAAUGCUUUCUACGAAGAAAGGUUUCCUCAAUCGGCAGCAUUGCGAAGCUGUGAAGUGA